AUGGCUGAAUUUACAAGCUACAAGGAUACUGCCUCCAGCCGCCACUUGCGGUUUAAGUUACAAAGUCUAAGUCGCCGCCUCGAUGAGUUGGAGGAAGCCACAAAAAACCUCCAGAAAGCAGAGGAUGAGCUCCUGGAUCUCCAGGACAAGGUGAUUCAGGCGGAAGGCAGCAAUUCUAGCAUGUUGGCGGAGAUUGAAGUGUUGCGCCAGCGAGUGCUGAGAAUUGAAGGCAAAGAUGAGGAAAUUAAGAGAGCAGAGGAUCUGUGUCAGCUGAUGAAGGAGAAGCUUGAAGAGGAAGAAAACCUCACCCGGGAGCUGAAAUCUGAGAUUGAACGGCUUCAGAAACGAAUGGCUGAACUGGAGAAGCUGGAGGAAGCCUUUGGCAGGAGUAAGAACGAUUGUACCCAACUCUGUCUGAGCCUGAAUGAGGAGAGAAACCUGACAAAGAAGAUCUCCGCUGAGCUGGAAAUGCUCAGGGUCAAAGUGAAAGAACUAGAAUCUUCCGAGGACCGCCUGGAUAAAACUGAGCAGAGUUUAGUGUCAGAGUUAGAAAAACUGAAGUCAUUAACUCUGAACUUUGUAAGUGAGAGAAAAUACUUGAAUGAAAAGGAGAAAGAGAAUGAGAAACUGAUAAAAGAGCUCACUCAAAAACUGGAGCAGAACAAAAAAAUGAACCGAGAUUAUUCAAGGAAUGCUUCUAAUCUUCUGGAAAGGAAUGACCUGCGGAUUGAGGACGGGAUCUCCUCCACACUGACGUGCAAAGAAUCAAGAAGGAAGGGCGCUCUGGACUAUCUAAAGCAGGUAGAGAAUGAAACAAGAAACAAAUCAGAAAACGAAAAGAACCGAAAUCAAGAAGACAACAAAGUUAAAGAUCUCAACCAAGAGAUUGAGAAACUCAAGACACAAAUCAAACAUUUUGAAUCUUUGGAAGAAGAGCUUAAGAAAAUGAGGGCCAAAAAUAAUGAUCUUCAGGAUAAUUACCUAAGUGAACAAAAUAAAAACAAACUCUUAGCCAGCCAGCUGGAGGAGAUAAAGCUACAAAUCAAGAAACAGAAAGAGUUAGAGAACGGGGAGGUAGAAGGGGAAGAGGCUUUCCUGUCCGGCAAAGGCAGGCAUGAGAGGACUAAGUUAAGAGGCCAUGGCAAUGAGGUACCUGUGUCCAAGCACACACCGCGGGAACUGUCCCCUCAGCAGAAGCGGGAGAGGCAUCGAAACAGAGAUAUUGCGCUCAACAAUGAAAACUGUUCUCUGGGCAAUAGGCAGGUUUCCUCUCCCAGUUUCACCAAUAGGAGGGCAGCCAAAGCUUCCAACAUCGGGGCGGGUACAGACAGUGGGACUCAGGAGACAAGGAGAACUGAAGACCGAUUUGUAUCUGGCUCCUCUCAGAGUGAAGGGAAGAAGUCCAGGGAGCAGCCUUCAGUGCUUAGCCGCUACCCACCUGCUGCUCAGGAGCACAGUAAAGCUUGGAAGAGUACUCCCAAACCAGGUACUGAGGGUGGGUUGAAGGGAAAAGUGGAGAAGACAACACGAACAUUUAGUGAUAAUACCAACCAUGGAUCUGUUCCCAGUGACGUACUGGGUAGAGCUGACAAGGCUUCUGACACCUCUUCUGAGGCCCUCUUUGGCAAAAGGGGGCAGGUACCUGGCAAUGGAAGUCAGGUAACCCAGGCUGCAGACUGUGGCAGUCCUAAGGCCAUUGGAGCUCUGGCCUCAUCCCGAAGAUCUUCCUCAGAAGGGCUCUCCAAGGGCAAAAAGGCUGUCAGUGGCCCGGAGGCUGAUACCACUUCCCCAAAUUCCAAGCCUCCACUUUUAUCAAAGUAUCCUUAUAAUUCCAGAAGCCAAGAGAACAUCCUUCAGGGCUUUUCAACCCCAAAUAAAGAAGGUGUUGAUCAACCCGUAGCAGUCGUGAUGGAAGACAGCAGUCAACAUGAGACCCUGAGGUGCCGGGUCAUCAAGCCCAGUGGCAGAGAGAAGCCAGACUCAGAUGACGACGUGGAUGUGACGUCUCUUGUUACUGCCAAAUUGGUAAACACCACCAUCACUCCAGAGCCAGAGCUCAAACACCAACCCAACUCUAGAGAGAGAGCCAAAUCCCGAGGGGGACUCAGAACCUCCCUGUUUGAGAAUGAUAAAGAUGCUGGGACAGAAAGUGAGUCUGUGAAACCUGUCAGAGCCUCCACCAAUGCCACAGAAUUCCCAGACGCCAAUGGUGCUGGGGUAAAAAGCCAGCGGCCCUUUAGCCCCAGAGAGGCGUUGCGGUCUAGAGCCAUCAUCAAACCUGUCAUCAUUGAUAAGGAUGUGAAAAAAAUCAUGGGAGGAUCUGGAACUGAGGCCACAAUGGAGAAGCAGAAAUCCACCUCCAAACCAGGGCCAAACAAGGUGACAAGCAGCAUAACUAUCUACCCCUCUGACAGCGGCAGCCCCAGAGCUGCCCCAGGUGAGGCCCCGAGGGAAAGGCACACAUCCACCAGCAACAUCCAGGUUGGGCCAGCAGAGCUCACAUCAGUCAGCAACCACGUCAGCUCUCCCUUUGAGCUCUCCAUUCACAAACAUGACAUUGCUCUGCAGUUCACAGAAGCUGAAAGAAUGGGAGAUGGGCCCCUGAAGAACAAGCCAGAAACAGUGGUCUCUCGGAGCAGCAUUAUAAUCAAGCCAUCAGAUCCUGUGGAGAGGAACAGCCAUGCCCCCCCAGCGGAGACAAUCAGGUGGAAAAGCCAUAGUGCCCCUUCAGAAGUGGGCUCUUCAGAUGCCAGACACGUUACUGUGCGGAACGCCUGGAAGAGUAGGCGAGACUUGAACUCCUUAGAAGACCCCCCAACUCGAAUAGGUAGAAACGUGGAAGCCACCAACGCCUACACCCAGAGGGCCUCCACAGACUGUUCAGACCUUGGACAGCCCAAGUUGUACCUUUGUGAGCAGGGUGCUCAAAGGGCAGGAAAUUCAGGGGAUGCCCCUGAGCUCACCUCCAGAAGGACCCAGAGUAGCCUCACCGUCUCUGAGGUGCUGACUCGUCGGAAUCGGGUGGGAGACACUGCCUCGGCUGCAGCCUGGAACCACUCGGCAGGCGCGGAGGAGGAAGGUGACGACUGCACACUUGGUGUCCACAGACGACUGCACAACUCCCUGGAGCGGUCUGAACUGCCUGCGAAGCAGGGGCUGCCAGAGCCCGGGCGAGCCCGGGCUGAGGAACGGUUACGGCCAGCCAGGCCCUGUGCCGAGGACAACUGA